AGAUACGUAUUUACUGUGUCUUUUUAAAAUUCAUUAUUCUGAUGGUUUGCAUUCAUCACCUGGAUAUAUUUCGUUUUUGUUUGAAAUUAGGCCUCACAAAGUCGCAUUCGCAGAAACUAUGGAUGAAGAUAUCCUUGAAGAUGAUGUUCAGCUGAAGGACAUUGAUUUUGAUGAAUUAGAUGUUGAGGCAGAAGAUGCAUUGUUGGAAAUUACAGAGGAUGAUGAGGAGUUCUCAACUUUGGAAUCCUAUCAAGGAGAUGAUGUGGAAUAUGUUGAUGAGGAAGGAAAUCCAGUACAGAUUGAGGCAGAUGAAAAUAUAGAACUGGUAGAUGUCACUGAAACUUAUGCAGAAGAAACUUUAGGCGAGGAGGACGUAUUAGAGGUGGAAGUAGAUGCUGAGCUUGACAGUUUCAGUCAUGACCCAGUAGAUGGUUCUGUCAUACUUUCAUCAGAGGUAUAUGAAAAUGCAAGUUUUGAAGCUACUGUAAAUUCAUGUGAAGUGGAAACAGAUUUAACUGAUGACUACUCAGUUAGUACUUUGCAGUAUGGAGAUAACCAGAAAAUGUAUAAUGAGACAGAGAAACAGGACUUGGUUGAAAUAAAGUUUGAAGAUGUACCUACAGAUGAAAAACUAGAAAGUAGUGAUUUACUGGAAGAAGAAAGUGAAGAAGAAAAUCAAGAUGAAAAAGAAGAUAGACGGGGUCGCUUUCACUCUGAGCGCCCCACAGUUGUGUCUUUAUCAACAUCAAGAAAAAGAGAAAAUAUUCCUGACAAUCUAGAAUCUGUAAUUAGUAAAGAAGAAGCUGCAAAGCUUGAUGAAGUAUUAGCUAAAACUAGAGAACAAAAGAUGAAGAGGAAAGGGUUGAGGGGUCGUGGACGUGGAAUUGGUCAAUACCAACAACGUCAUGGCAUGGGAGAUAUACGAAUGAUGGAGUUUCAACAUUCUUGGGCAGAACCACUAAUAAGACACCACCAACACCAGCCAAAGCUCUUUGACAAACCUCCGUUAAUGGAAGAGUCUUCUCACCAAGAAUCAUUAGCAGGAUCCAGAAAAAUUCUUGUAAAUCCACAUUUCAGAGGUCCUCGUCCUCCAGUAUCUGAUAAUAAACGAGCACCAGAAAAUCGCCUGUUCUUAUCAAGGACUGCAAGUCAAUCAGUGAUGCCAUCACAACCCCAGUCUUUCUAUCCACCAUCACGUGUUGAUAAUAUCCAUCAAAUAGAGAACAGACCUCCAACUUUUGAAAACUCCCCAUUUUCCAAUUCUGGAUUUAACUUCUUCAGUCCCGAAAGACCUUUACCUUCUCGAGAUCAAGUAAUGAAUGUCUAUAAUCAGAAUUCUGGACCACAGCAGCCACCACCUCAUUCUUUACCAGCUUAUCGUCUUCAAGGUCAGCCUCCACUUUUGUCCCAAGAGCAGUUUCACAGACCCCCACCUACACAGUUUCAAACCCAGGCACCACCACCAUCUCACCAUGCUGACCUCCUUUCUUCAAACACCUUUCAGCCUCCUAGUUCUGACAGAUGGCAGCACCAUUCUGGUCCAUCAUCUGGAGCACCUACUUCUGGUCCAGGCUCAAGAAUUUCUGUUGGUCUGCUGCCUGGAUUUCCUAGGAACGAGUUUCGUAUCCUACCAUUGCAUCAACUUCCUCCUAGGCUCUCUCCUUUUCCUCCCACAAACCAGCCUCCUCCAGUGCAAAAUCGUUUUCAGUUUAAUCUUCAACAGCCUCCACCCUUCUCACCUUCUCGCCCAACAUCUUCAGUGAUUGAGCCAAGAGUUCCCAUGUUACAGCAGCCAGCCAUUAACCACCCUCCUCCCUUCCAUAGUCAACAGAGACCACAGUCAACUCAUACAGGCAUUUUCUCACCGUCUCAUCAGGAACCUAUGAGAAAUCAGUUCCAGAAUGAAUCUGAUAGAUUGUCUAUACAACACAAACAGUCCAGUCAACAGAUGUUUUUGAGGCCUAACUUCUCCAAUCCACAGUUUCGACAGAAGAGGUCAUCUACAGAGCGAUUUCAUAAUCAAAAUGCUAUUCCCACCAAGCAACCUCGUAUGGUGCUUAAAAAACUAUCAAAGUCUGAGUUACCACAAAAAAAACAACCUGUUGUAAAUCCAAACAUCAAAGAAGUUCCAAUUGUAGAAAAUCUUCCUGUGGAAGAACCAGUGAAGAACACACUUCCACCAGAGGUUGAAGAGGAUGAAGAAACUAAGGAGCUACGGAAGAAAAUUGAAGAGCAAAAGAAGAAACGGGAGGAGUUUCUUAAAAAGAAGGAAGAGCGCCGAAGAUUACAGGCUGCAGAAAGAUUAAAAGAAGUUCAGAAACGACGAGAACAAGAAGUUCAAAAUAAAGAUGAUGUAGCUGAUGUAGGUGGAACUGUAGGAACAGGUAUAGCUCCAACUGCAGUAGGUGUUCAGAAAACUGAAGGAAAUCAUCAAAAUAUUCCCGUAGUUCCACCAAAGAAGAAAGUGUUCAUUGUGAAAAAAAUGGGUAUUCAACAAAAAAAUAUACAGGGCAAGUUUGCAAAUAUUCAGCAAAAUCAAAUGGGAAAACCAGUAAAGGUCCUUCGUAAGGAUGGUAGUACAAUUUUCUAUCGUAAAACUCUGAACCAAGGCCAGCCAGGUGUAGCCAGUCAAAAAGUGUCAAACAUUCAGGCCACUCCAAGACAAGUUAAUCAAGUGUUUAAAAAUGUCCAGAGGUCAGGUGGAAUGAGGACUGGUCCUGUCAGCUCUCAAAUGUUAGCUGUAGAAGAAGAAUUACAGAAGCAAGCAUUUACUCGAUUACAGGUUCAGAGACAAGAUCAGCAGAGAGGUGGUUAUCAUCAGCAACAGGGUCAAAACAGAGGAGGUUUUUAUCAACCACAAACCCAUCAAAGAGGAAAGUUUCAACAGCAUCUUGGUCAAAAACAGGCUACUUUUCAACAGGUUUUAACAGGCGAACAAAGAGGAAGUCUUUAUCAACGACCAGGUCAAAAGAGGGGAGGUUUUCAGCAGAGAUUAGGGCAACAGAGAGGAGGUAUCCAACAGCGACUGGGUCAACAAAAAGGAACUCUUGAACAACCAAAACAGUUGAAUCAGCAGAAUGUUCAGAAGCAAAAUGCUGAACAGCAGGAGCUAAAGUCAGUGAUUCCUGAAGGGGCAGAAACCAAAACAACUAACCAACCAAACAGAAAAAUAAUUCAGCUGAAAAAGUCUAAGUUCUCUCAACAAGAUGCUCAGGAGGGUAGGAAAAUAGUAUUAUCAGCACCAAAUAAACUUCAGCAACAAAGUCAAAGGCCUCUGUUGGCUCAGAAAGCAACUGAACAAACCAGUGAUGUUGCAACUAGGCUUGAUCUUCAACAACGAAGUCAGAGAUUAGUAUUGGCCCAAAAAUCAAUUCAGCAAGCUAAUGUCUCUGGAAGUGUGCAGCAGCCAGCUCGUGUUGUUAGGAUGGGCCCAUCAAAUCAGAGAACUGUUGUGGCUCCUAAAACACAGUGUGUGUUAGUGGAAAACCUGGCUGUUUCAACCACAGAGAACAGUCUUCGAGACUUGUGUAAAUCUGUGGGUCCUGUGGAGGAUAUUAUACUAGAGAAGCUACAGAAGAAGGCUACCAUUAAAUUUAGAAAUCCUCUUCAUGCACUCCAGUUUCAGAAAAAAUACCAAAGACAUAUGCUUGACCUAUCUUUGAUACAUGUAUCUGUACUUCCACCGUGACAAGGUAGAGCAACCAAUUUCCUAGGAAGGUAG